AUGUCUCAGUUUGGAGGUGGAAAGCCACCCGGUCAAUGGCAUCGUCCAGCUGCACCAGGCGGUGCUCCGCAGCUAUCGGGAUUCCCUGCUGUCAACUUCGGCGGCGUUCCAAUGGUUGGAAUGGGUGUUCCGAUGGGAAUGGUCAAUCAGGCAGCGUUUUCUUCGCCAAAUGUUCUUGGGAUGCAAGGAAUAAUGGGUGCUGUCCCGCAACAGUCACUGGGGCAACAACAACCGGUAUUUGUCAGCUAGCUGAUUUUACUCACCCCAGUACAGAAUUUCCAGCCACAGAAUGGUCUUCAACAAAGUUCCAAUCUUCAGCAGGGAGCUGGUGCCAAAAAUCAAAGAACAUUUGUUGGUGUUGUAACAAAAAUGCUGGAUACAUACGGAUUUGUUGAUGACGACGUAUUUUUUCAACAUAGGUUUGUUUUUUUUCGCGGAAGUAUAAUUUUUCAUGAAAGUGGGCUAAGCUGAAAAAUUCAACGGUUAAUUAAAAAUCUAAAAUAUAAAUUUUCGCAUUUGCCUUUUUUAAUGAAGACUUCUACAAGCAGGAAGACGAUUAUUUUAAACUAUCGCAUCGGGCUAGUCCGGCCCGCGAUAAGUAUGCAAGGAACUAAUGAAAAAGUGAGGUUUCAGUGUUAUUCGUGGAGCUCAUCCUCGAGUCGGAGAUAAAGUUAUGGUUGAAGCCAAUUACAACCCGUCAAUGCCCUUCAAGUGGAACGCUUAUCGAAUUCAGUUACUGAAUGCUGCUACUCAGCAGGAACCGCCUCGUCCUGCACAAUCCCAACAACAAAUGGCACCUCAACGUGGAAAUGAGUAAGGAAAUCAAGAUAAAUUCGGACGUUGAAUAUUCCGUGAAAGCGUAAAUAGGUAUUUUGAGUUGUGCGCCAGCAGGUCGCUACGGGGAAAUAGAUCGGGCCUAGAUCGAGAAACAUUUUGUCUUAGGAACUGGGCCAGCUGAGUGAUAAUGAUAUAUAUAUAUAUCAUGUUCUGUAGGAAGUCGAUUUUUCUAAUCUUCCCCGUGUAAGGUAUAGUGCAAGUUAGAGCUGGAAAAAUGCUACGGACUAAAAGUGUCGCAGACAUUCAUGCAGACUGCGGUGAUUUGACAUAGUAAAGAUAAAGACGAAAUUUUUUCAGGUCGCAACGGUGGGUAACCAGUUCUGGACCGUCGGAUAGAAACGGCCGCGGUGACAGCCCGAUUCAUCGUGCUCAACCUGUUAGAAGGCACUCUCCACCUAGACGAUCUUCUCCUAGGCGCAACAGCCCGAAAAGAGAUACUAGACCGAGAGAGACUAGGGAUGCAAGAGAAUCCAGACGGUCUCCACCACGCCGGACAUCUCCAAGAAGAGUUUCAUCCCCUCCAACUCAAACCAGACCUGAAAAAAAUGAGCGAAAACGCGAGAGAAGUCCGAGUGGCAGUGUUGCUCCGUCGGUUCGCCGUGAAAGCGCAAGUCCUCCCAGAAGGCGGGCAAGAAUUAUUCCUCGAUAUGAGUGCAAAGUUCAGAAACCGGUUUUGCUUUCGUAAGUCUGAAAGGACAUUCAUGGGAUUUUAGCAUCGCGUUUCAGAUUGGUUGUUUCUGGUUCUGUUCUUCGUCACAGGUAUCCUAAGCUUUACCUUCCAUCGGACUACGUUGAUUUGUCAUUCGAUUGGGUUCGCUCCGUUCAACUCGACCUUUCUCUUGACCUCAAUAAUCCGAUCCAAUUCCAUGUUUUCAACAAAGAAGUCGAGCUUCCGCUGGAGGAAGGAAAAGUUUUGCCAGAAUUAGAGCCAGAAGAUGCAGAUCAUCGUCAUCAAGUAAAAGUUUUGCUUCUGUCUCACGAAGGAAAACCCGAAAUUGUGAAAAAAUCUUUCUGCUUGAUGGCCGACGGUACUACUGAUGAUCAUCAAGAACCGCAAGCUCUUUACAAAAAUUUGCAGUUUCUAGUUGGUACGCGGUGAAUUUUUUUUUUCUCAAUCUCAAGUUUGUUCCCAGGUGCUAGAGGAAAAGAGACUAUGGGAAUCGGAGGAAGUUGGUCGCCUUCCAUGGAUGGUGCGAAUCCAGACUCGCCGGCAACGAUGAUUCGGACUGCGGUUCGCACGACAAAAGCACUGACUGGAAUCGACCUGUCGGCAGUGUCGCAGUGGUAAGAUCUCUUAUUCCUUGAAGUUUUCUAUGUGUUUUCUCAACUCUCACACCUAUCCAAUCUUGAACAACGAAGGAUGAUGUCUCCGGGAUUCCAUCUUUCAAUCGAUCGAUACUCUCUCAAACAUAAUUUCCUCUCAAUUGUUUUGCUCAUUGCACAGGUUCUCAAUGGUUCAAAUUCGUUACUACCGAUCCGACAAACAACGCGUAGAUCACGUCAACCUGCUGCUUCCUGAUACCCAGUCAUUGGCUAUCGACGACGCUACGUGGGCGAUUGCCGAAUCUGCGAUUGGUGAACAACUCAAGGCCAAAAUAGCUUUCAUUGACGCGAUGAAGAUAGAAGAAGAGGGUGUCGAGAACGUCGAACAGGGUGGUGACGAACAAAAGAAGGAAGAGGUUGCUCCUACUGAGGAGGAGCCGAAACAAGUGGAUGUCAAGGAAAGUAUCGUCCUGUUACGGGUUUAUUUAUUUUCUCUGUAUUCGCGUUCAGCAGUAACCGGCCUUUCACUCGACUUGUGAUGUUCAGUGUCUUGUGUCGCUUUUUCCUAACAAUCCCUAUUGCAUGAGAUAUUUAUUACUCUCUCCAGUCAUUUAUUCUGCACAAUCAUCUACACCUCAGAAACCAAAACUAUAAAAAGCAAAGACUGCACCAUUUUCUUCAGUCAGUAUUAUUUACUUUAUUUAUCUUGAAAGUGCUUUAACUGAAUUUCACGCAGGCGUUUAAUUUUUUUGUUUCAGGUAGAGAAUGAUCCCGACCUCAGUAUGGCUAGUGAAGGAGAUGAAAAGUCGGAAAAAGUCGAGGAUGGUCAAGGUCCUACUAACUGGAGUAAGCUCGAUCCUAAAAGCAUGAAGGUGGCUGAACUUCGCGUUGAGUUGGAAUUGCGUGGAUUAGAAACCAAAGGGAUCAAGACUCUGUUGGUCCAGCGACUCCAAACUGCUUUGGACUCUGAAAAAGCCAAUGAAGCUAACGUCGAAAUGAAAGACGUCUCGGAUGCUGCUGUCAAGCAAGAAGGAAAUGAAGAGAAUCCAGUAAGUGUAAAACGAACUGUUUAAAAGGAGUAUCCAUUUUCAGGCGGCAUUCAUAGCCCCAUCCGUUGAAGAAACUAAAGCGAAAACUGAGGCUGAAGCAAAGAAAGAGCAGGAGGAGAAUGAGAAAAAGAAAAAGAAGGAGGAGCAGUUGGAGAAAGAAAAAAAGGAUAAACGGGAACUGCUAGAGAAGCAUUAUCAGCUUCCAAAAGACAAAAAGGUUAGUUCGGUCCACAAAGGAACAAUUUCUAGCUUUUUUUUUAAGAUCCUUGUCUUCCCUUCGAAAACUUUCAAAUCUGGAAAGUUCGACUGUAAGGUCAUGAGUCUGAAUUCCCUCCUGGACUAUCGAGCAGAUGACAACAAAGAAAAUCAAUUCGAAGUUUCCUUGUUUGCUGAAGCAUUCAGAGAGAUGCUCGAGCGUAACUCAGCUUUCACAAUUUAUGAGACGUUAGUCAACUGCGGAGAUCGUGACGCAGAGAAAAAACGAAGAGACGAGGCCCGUGAGAAAAUCGUAGACACUCCAAAAGACGAUGAAAAGAAGGACGAGAAGGAAGAAGAAAAGAAGGACGAGGAAAAGAAGGAAAUUUUUGUCACGGAAAAAAUUGAGCUGAAAAGUUUGGUAGCCAAUCGUACAGUCUAUGAAGCGUUUUCCCUUUUCGACGCCAAUCUCUGUGGAUAUGUCAACGAGAAAGACAUUGAAGAAAUCCUGUAUAAUGGAGAGUUUGGCAUCUCAAGAGGCCAGAUUCAAAAACUCGCAAAGAAGUUGUCGGUCCGUGACAGAGUUAAUUAUCGUCAUCUUACUGAUGUGUUGACUGAUAUGGACGGUAAUGUCAGACACACUCCUGGAGGAGCUGACGACGUUGUCGAAACUGACGAUCUCAUCAGAGGAUUUGGAGUCAACUUGGCUAAGGCCUCCGAAAAUCAAGACUCGACAGAGGAUGACGUCUCAAAGUGCAAUGAUGAAGUUGUCAUUAUCAACGGAAGUGUUGUGAAUGUUGCGCAAAAAUUGAAGUUGUUGAAACAAGUCGAACAUGAACGAGACACUGCAAAGUCCACAGUUAAUGAACAAUCUUCACUCAUCGGUGAUUCAUUUUUUUCCUAUCGCGGCGGUCCAAAGACUACGUUAGCAGACACACGUCGCGUGCGCUGCGACGCGGUUGGCGUCAUGCCAAGUUUUAUAUUUCAAUUGAAAAAGGGCGACUGAGUCGCUACCAGAGUUGAGCGGAAGAACAACGGAAGAACACGGAAGAAUUUUUAUCUUUUUUAGAAAAAUGUUUCAUGGAAUGUGAUCAACUGACGAAAUGUAUAGAAAAAUGAACUCUGCUCAUAGAAAAUAAUUGUAAGUUUAGCUUUUCAUACAAAAGUUUUUCGAGUUGUUCCGUGAAAAAAGGGGCUAACGGAAGACGGAAGGACAUUUUCACGGAACAACUCGAAUAACUUUUUUGUAUGAAAAGCUAAAUUUACAGUUAUUUUUCUAUGAGCAGAGUUCACUUUGCUAUACAUUUCGUCAGUUGAUCACGUUCCAUGAAAAAAAUUUUCUAAGAAAGAUAAAAAUUCUUUCGUGUUCUUCAGUUGAGUUCAUCCGAUCAACUCUGGUCGCUACGCAGUCAAUUGCAAAAACGGCGGGAAAAUUUGAAUAAGUUCGGCCGCGUAGUCUUUGGAAUCCCGUGAUUUCUUUCGUUUGUAACAAAUCGCUUUCAGACCAACUGCGUGAUGCGAAAUCUGAAAUUGAAAAGAAAAAAAAGGACAUCGAAUCACACUAUCACAAGUCGAACAAAAAGCUAAAUGAGACCAGUUCUCAACUGAAAACCUUACAAGAGGAUCAUUCAGCAUUGAAGCAAGCUCUUCAGGAUUGCAAACGACAUGCCGAUCGUAUCUUUAGUGUUGUUGAAAAAGCACUGCCGGCUGCUAAAAAAGAGGAGAAGAACAGAGCAAGUUUUAAAUCUCAAUUUUUUUUUAUUUAAUAUGUUGUUUACAGGAGAAGGAGAAAGAACGUUCGGACAAAAAAGAUGAGAAACAGGAUGACAAACAAGCUUCUGCCGAGAAGGAGCCAGCUCCUCAAGAAAUCUUGGAAGAUUCAAUUAUCGAUACCGACGCGUCUUCUACAGAUAAAGGUUCUGGCGAGAAAGAUGAGAAAAAGGCUGCUUCAGAAACGAAGGCGGAACAUGUCGAAGAAAUCGAAAAAUAA